CCCCGCCCCCGCGUCAGGCCGCUGCCCCAGCGCACGCGAGGCGCCGAGGCGUCGGGGGCGCAGCCUGGCCGCGCGCCUGCCGGGCCGCGCGGUGGUCCCGCUGGCCGCCCGCCCGCCGGCGGCCACGGCCCCCGCGACCCUGGCUCAGGCCGCCGCACCUCCGGAGAGACCCGCGGUGCUUCGGAGUGUGGUCGCGGGUCCGGCCCUCCCGGCCCGCCCGGCCUGGAUGCGCGGCCGUGCAGCCGGCGCCCGCGGCCCCUGGCCCCUAGCCUAGCCACGGAGGGGGCGGCGCGGCGCGGGGUCCGGAGCCCAGCGUGAGGGCGCGCGGCGGCCUAGCCCUGGGCCGGCAGGACAGGUCAGUGCGCGGCCUGCCACGCCGCCUCUCCGCGGGCCUGGUUGCACCGCGCGCUUGCGCUGGAUGCUGGAUGUGCCUCUUCGAGCGCAGCUGGCCAGGCAGGGAACAGGAGUGGUACCAGUUCCUGUCCGUGCCACACAGCUGCGCCCGGCGAGCGCUGACCUGUCGGCUGCCCCGAAUGGCUCUCAGGGUGGCUUCGGAACGCUCAGAGGCACAUCUCAUCCCCUCGCCAUGCCGCCCUCCUAAGGAUGUCGCCUGCAAACAGUCCGAAUCCCUAACUCCUCCCAGUGAAUUGAACAAGGCAUCCUCAAACCCAGCUGCCAGAAGAGCUGUCAACUGAUACAGUGCGGAGCAGCUGGCAGCCCUCCGCACGCGAGGGCAGCCGGGUGCGCAGGAGCCGGGGCUGGGAUGAGCGGACGAGUCCCGCUGGCAGAGAAGGCCCUGUCGGAAGGCUACGCCCGCCUCAGGUACCGGGACACUUCCUUGCUCAUCUGGCAACAGCAGCAGCAGAAGUUGGAAUUUUUGCCACCCAGGACGUACCUGAGCAGGAGCCGAAGCAUGUGGUACUCACAGUAUGGAAACGAGGCCAUCUUAGUCCGAGACAAAAACAAGCUUGAGGUCUCGAGAGACACAGGUCAAUCCAAGUUUUGCACAAUUAUGUAAUUCCAGCGUGGAAACCUGCACUCAGGCGCCAAGCUUUGAGGGGAAGGGGACUGUUGCUUUCAGUUGUCCUGUUUGUUUUUGUUGGAGAUCUUAAAGACCAUGAAGAUUGAGCUGUGGUAUAAACCCACGAAACCCAGAGGGAGCUCCCGAGCCUGGGCACUGCUAGACACUGUUUGUUUCCAAAGUCUGGCAAGCGUGGUUCUGACCCUGCAACCCCUACUUCAAGGAUCUUGUUUGUUGGUUCCCAUUGCUGGGAAUAGAACCUGCGUCUCAUGUUAUAAGCAAGCGCUCUACUACUGAGCUAUGUCCUCAGCCCUCAAGUUCUUACGGGUGCUUGAGGAGUAGCUUCUGCCUAGUGAAGAACGAGUCAGAUCCAUCCACAUGCGCGUUACCAGGGGCCGGCACAGCAGAGGUAGGCCUAGUAACAGCUCCGUGGCAACUGCCCUUCGAGUCUGCCACCAGCACAAUCCUCACUGGCCCAAACACUGGCUCACAGGCAAGUACACCUUGAACACCUUAACACUCCCAGAUUCUAGGCUUCACACAAGCUGGCUGCAGUGGCUGAUGACGCCAUCACUCUGAGGCUGCAGCUGCCUGCAGUCUGACUUGUCAUUACUGCACAUGAGUGACAGUGCCCAUCCCUGUGGGCAGUCUCCUCAAGUCACUUUGAAAGGCUUGCCCUCUGCUGUGUGGCGGUGCAGAUGUCAGGAAUGCUUUGUCAGACUGUCCUCAGAGCUAAAUAAACUUCCUUAAGCAUUCUCCUUCCCUCUCUUAUUUUUAACGUGUUCACGAUCUUGCUUGGCUUUAGUUUCUUAGUGGUACCUGAGGACUGCUAAAAGCCCCAGGACAGAGGCACAGAGCAAAGCUCAAGUGCCCCAGAGCACCGCCGACCCUGGCAGUGUGGUGCCAGUCUCCACCCUCGGGCCACUCUAAUGUGUCCUUCUGCACAUGCAUCUCCCUCUGCCCAGCUGUACAGACUGGACCUGUGUCCCUGCCUACGAUACCAGGCAGGUGGCCCUCUGGGGAUUCUGGGGGGGGGGGCAGCAAUAGCGUCCAGCUUGUCACCCUUGCACACAGCUGUGCAGGUGCACUGCAAACACCAGACGUCAGCUGCAGCCCUGGCCUUUCUGCAGAGUCAGACUUCCUGCAGUGCCACAGUGCUGCAGGGGGAUGCUCGGGGCUGGUGGAGUAUCCCAUCUGCUAAAGGAAGACUUAGGCAGCAAGGGCUCACCUACCAAGGGGACCAGCAUGUGGGCACUGCGCCAAGUCUACUAGGCAGUUUCUGUCAACAUGUUUUCAGUUCUUCAGUUUAAUUCCCACUUGGGGAGAAAGCAAGCCUAGACUUAUCUGGAAUACCUGAAUGCCACCUGCUCACUGCACCUCAGACCAUCCCAAGGACAGUUCAAGGUCAGGUCAGCAUAGGACGCGGCACUUACACGGAGAUGGGGUCUGAGGACACAUGCAGCACAGGGAGGAUAAGCACUCACUGGGCCAGUCUCUGGAGGGGUCAGUGGAUGCAGGUGACAAAGAGGCCCCCACUCAUGCAUGGGACAACUGGCGCUAAGCCGCUUAGGCUGCAGGAAGGUGCCAUCUGCCCGAAGUGGACAGGCCAGUCCUCUGCUAGAGAAGGCUGGUCUGAAUGGGAAGGAUCAGUGUCGGCAGGAGUGACGGUGCUGCCUGACCAGCUGGGUGGGGGUGGACGUGCCCUCUGGCCUGUGCUGGGACCCAUCGCAUGAGCACCUCCUUCCCAGGAAGAUCUGGGACCAGUGUUCAUGGCCAUCUUGAGAGCGGUGCUGGGACCUGGGACGGCCCGAUCCCUCAUUCCUCCUGCACAGCCUCAACCCCAUCCAGACCUGCCCUUGGUGCACUCAGAUUCCGUCUGGCCUACUGGACUCGGAAAGAGGGCUGGAUGCUUGCACCACAGGAAAUGGCCUCAGUGUAGCUGAGGCACAAGGGACACGUGCAGGGGAGGCCCAGCGAGGGAAGUGCCUAGGUUCUGAAGGUAGGGGGGGGGCACGGGCAGGGCGGGGAGUGCACAAGCCUGGUUUGCUGGGGGCCCCAGGUUCUCCCCGACCCACAGGCAUACAUACUGCAGCCUACUCCAGAAAGGACAGUACUGGGAGAAGGGCGGGAGCUCUCAGGGAGGCCAGGUGACCCUCCUUAAACCUCGUACCUAUUCCACAGUGAGGACGGGAGCUGUGGGUGCUCUGGGCACCUCUGCCAAGAGCUCGGAGCCCACCACAUGGCUGAGAGGGAGCCACCACGGAAAGCACAGGACAGUGCACACUGGACUUUUUUCUUCUUUUUAUUAUGAAAACAAAACAAAUGCCCCAGGAGAAGGGUCCAUGAUUACCAGAAACAUCAGAGUACUCUCUACCAUUUUUAUUCUGUGGUGUUGAGGCCAGCAUUGCAAUAAACAAGCUAAAACUACUUACACCGGACUCGUUUUCAGUAACUGACAUUUACAGGAAUAUACUAGAAACGGCACUAAAAAGUUAAGAAAAGUUACGGUAAACUUGCAUGCACAUCAUACAGAAAAGUAACAUUUCAGAUAUAAAAAGGAAAACGUCCUGCAAGUGUUUAGCGUCAUCAGGGACAGCGGUACGCGGGUGACAGCUCGAUGCGGCACUGCUCUCCCAGUGACAGUAAAAGGCGUGACGCUGAAAAGAACAAAACCAAACGAACACAAGAAAACGUGUCUUACGGUCUGCAAGCGAGCCAGCGGGGCCAGCAGGAGGGCCUGGGCCGGCCUCCAGGGCUCCCCCGCGGGGCCACGCACCUCCUGCGCCUUCCCAGGGAAGCCUGCUGAGAGCUGCCCUACGGCUCUCCGCACAGGACAAUCUAAUGGAGCAACUGCAGUCUCCCCAACACAGGAGGAUGGGGCGCCAGGCGCCCACAGCCUCACAUGAAGGGCCUGAGGGCGUCGCGGACCCUCCGAAACUGAAGAGAAACAGUGUUGAGUCUGGACAGAAGGCCUUAAGUUACAGCACCAUGAGCUGCGCGCUCAGUAUGACCACCGCAGGGACCCCACAGGAAGGGUGGGUGGUGGACACCUCCAGCGCGGUGGACAGCGGGCCGCUGCACCAACUCCAGAUGUCUCUCCCUGGACGGCUCACAGGCGACAGCUUGCCACCUGCAGCUCCCCAGGGGCCCUGGGCUCGGGGCCGGUGCCUCGCCCAGGACUGCACUUCCGGCACUCAGAUCCUGUGCGAAGACCUGUCAAUUUCGUUGUGUUAAUUCCUUGAAGUCACAGUUUAAAUAUUCUAUUAAAGAUCUAUUUAGAAAAUACCUUUGAAAAACAAGGGUAACUUUAAAAAAUGGAAUUUUAAAAUCCAUUUAUAUUUUUACUAUAAACAAAACUGACUUAAAAGUUUAACAAGCCAAGUGGCAGAAUCGCCAGCACUGGAAUCGUGGCAGCUGAUCACACUCCCGCACCCGCCGAGGGCUCCAUCUGAGACCCCGGGCUGAAACAGCACCCACCUGGGGGUGCUAGCGACUCGUGCUAUGUUCACCCAGGCGUGCCUGUGGGAACCACAGACACCAGCCAGGGACGCCCGGCCUCGGCCCCCACCGCAGCCCCGGGGGCCCGUCUGGGGUCUGUGAGGACACCUUGAUGCAGCCCUUUCUGGCCUAAAAACUCGAGCAGGUAGCACUGUGUGGUCUCCAGGGUGGCCUCUGGAGAUGUGGGUGGCCAGGGACAAAGCCACAGUGCUCGGAGCCCGGCUGGGCAGAGCUGGGCCAAGCUGGGAGGCAGCUUCCAAAAAAACAGAACCUUGCGUUAAACUCUGUAUAUCAUUACUUUUUACAAUAGAAAGUUAAAAAUCGAGACUUUGAUUUACUAUACAUUUCUUUUCUCUCAGAUUACAAAGCUUAUGUUAUAGAACUGGGGUUCCCUAAGUUGAUUUUAAACGUCUUAAAAGAGAUCGUGAGUGAAUAGAGAGACGUGAACCAACAUAGAAACCUAAGGAUGCUGUAGCUGAGCAGCGUCCACCUCGUGAAGGCUCCAGUCUUAUCAAAACAAAAGCAAACACGGAGCAACCCAUGAGAAGGACCAGGACGGCCACCCGGCCCAGGAGCGCAGAGGUGAUGAGCACCAGCCCGCAGCAGGGAGCGCGGAGGCAGCCGAGGCCCGCGUCUCGAGGCCCUCGUCUCGCCGCCGCCCUCCUAAUGCACUGCUUUCACGGU